GUGAUUGGGUUAUAAACAAGUCGCUAACUGACUAGUGUCGUUAACUUUACAUGUUCUUUAUGAUUUACAACGUCGAUUUUGAUAAAUCAUAUUAAUCCGUUUGUGUUUGGAGUAAAUAAAAAGUUAAAAUAUAUAUUCAUCUCUUAAUUUAUAAACUUCAGUAUUUCAACUUUUCCAGAAACAACGUUAGACAUGGAGGAAUAUAAUUCGAACGGAUCAGUGGUUAAUGGUACGGGGUCUAUGGAAGUUCCGCAAUCUAGUGCUGAAGUUAUAAGGGGCCAAAUAUUCGAAGUGGGUCCUAGAUAUAUUAAACUAGCCUAUAUAGGCGAAGGAGCUUAUGGCAUGGUUGUGUCUGCAGAUGACACGGUAACUAACCAAAGAGUUGCAAUAAAAAAAAUAUCGCCGUUUGAACACCAAACUUAUUGUCAAAGGACUCUCAGAGAAAUAACCAUAUUGACCAGGUUUAAACAUGAAAACAUUAUUGAUAUUCGAGAUAUUCUUCGAGUUGAUAGCAUAGACCAAAUGAGAGAUGUUUACAUUGUACAGUGUUUAAUGGAGACUGAUUUGUAUAAACUACUUAAAACACAGAGGCUAAGUAAUGAUCACAUCUGUUACUUUUUAUAUCAGAUAUUGCGUGGACUUAAGUACAUCCAUUCAGCAAACGUCUUGCAUCGGGACCUUAAGCCAAGUAAUUUACUGCUUAACAAGACGUGCGACCUAAAAAUUUGCGACUUUGGAUUGGCUCGUAUUGCAGAUCCCGAGCAUGACCAUACUGGCUUUCUUACAGAAUACGUUGCCACCCGGUGGUAUAGAGCACCUGAAAUUAUGCUUAACUCAAAAGGAUACACCAAAUCAAUUGAUAUAUGGUCCGUUGGCUGUAUAUUGGCUGAAAUGUUAAGCAAUCGACCAAUAUUCCCUGGAAAACAUUAUCUGGAUCAACUUAACCAUAUUCUUGGCGUGUUGGGGUCACCGUCCCGGGACGAUUUAGAGUGUAUAAUUAAUGAAAAGGCACGCAACUAUUUGGAAUCUUUACCAUUCAAGCCAAAUGUACCCUGGGCGAAACUUUUUCCAAAUGCUGAUGCGUUGGCUCUAGACCUCCUUGGAAAAAUGUUAACAUUCAACCCGCAUAAGCGGAUUCCUGUCGAGGAAGCUCUUGCACAUCCCUAUUUAGAGCAGUAUUAUGAUCCUGGAGAUGAGCCUGUCGCUGAAGUGCCAUUUCGGAUUAAUAUGGAAAAUGAUGACAUUUCUCGGGAUGCCCUGAAGUCAUUGAUUUUCGAAGAAACUUUAAAAUUUAAGGAACGACAACCAGAAAAUGCGCUUUAAACUUUAAGAAUUUAAGUAUAUAGUAAAAACAAUUGCUCCAUUAGUGUAACUUUUAUCGUAAUUUUCUCCGAUCUCACACUAGGGCUUUUACACAAAAAGCUUGCUAAAAUGAGAUAAACUCCGAUUCUUACAAAUUUCACUUGAAUGUGAAUAUGGAAAAUUGGCUCUAAUGAUUUUCUAAAGAUAGGAACUAAAACUUUGUGUGAUGUUCGUAUAUGCAUUCAUUUUUUUAUUUAUUUUAAAAUUAACUAAUAUUUAGGCUACCUGUUGUAAGAAACGUAUGUAUUAUUCGGAUAAUAACGUCAAAAUAUUUGAGAUCUAUAAAAGAGUUUAAAAAAGUUUAUUAAAACAAUAAACCUAA